AUGGUUCAGAGUACCGGUAUAUACUUUAUCAGCAUUCCCAUCAGCGCCACAAUCAGGCAUUCCCAUCAGCGCCACCAUCAAGCAUUCCCAUCAGUGCCACAAUCAGGCAUUCCCAUCAGUGCCACAAUCAAGCAUUCCCACCAGUGCCACAAUCAGGCAUUCCCAUCAGUGCCACAAUCAAGCAUUCCCAUCAUUGCUACAAUCAAGCAUUCCUAUCAGCACCAGUCAAGCAUUCCCAUCAGUGCCACUACCAAGCAUUCCCACCAACGCCAUAAUCAAGCAUUCCCAUCAGCGCAAAAAUCAAGCAUUCCCAUCAAUACCACAAUCAAGCAUUCCCAUCAGUGCCACUACCAAGCAUUCCCACCAAUGCCACAAUCAAGCAUUCCCAUCAGCACCACAAUCAAGCAUUCCCAUCAGCACCACAAUCACGCAUUCCCACCAACGCCACCAUCAAGCAUUCACAUCAUUGCUACAAUCAAGCAUUCCCAUCAGUGCCACAAUCAAGCAUUCCCACCAACGCCACCAUCAAGCAUUCCCAUCAGCGCAACAACCAAGCAUUCCGACCAACGCCACAAUCAAGCAUUCCCAUCAAUACCACACUCAAGCAUUCUCAUCCACACCACAAUCAGGCAUUCCCAUCAGCACCACAAUCAAGCAUCCCCAUCAGAGCCACAAUCAAGCAUCCCCUCAGAGCCAUGA